CAUACCUACGGCACAGCCCGGCGAAUCCCCGGCGGCAUUCCCUCUCUCCCCUCGUGUCUCCCAUUCGACAUUUUCCGACGAGUCGCGAUACCAUAGCCGUGUGCCGCGUAUAUCCUCCUCUACAUAGCUGCACUCCUGGCCAGAGACAGCGUCAGACCAGCUUCAUCCCCCGAAAACCAAGCUCGCAGGCUUGCACGUCGCAGCCAUGAGCCUACGCCUACCGGCCCGGCAGGUCGUCCAGACCGCCCGGGCCGCCACGGGCAAAUCACCGUCGUCGGCGGCGCUCCGCCUGCUGCCGCGCACGCAGCGCCGCAGCGCGUGGUUCUGGGGCAACAAGGCGGGCAAGAAGAAGGACUCGUCGCCGGCGUCGCAGCAGUCGGAGCUGUCGAAGGAGCUCUCGCGGCGCGAGCGCGAGCAGUUGGUGGCGGCCCGCAACAUGGACCGCACGGGCGGCGCGUCCAUCUUCGACGAGGAGAUCAAGGAGUCGGAGCGCAAGCUCGAGGCGGAGGGCGACGUGGGCGGGCCGCCGCCGCCGGGCGGUGAGGGGCAGGGGCAGCAGCGCCCGCCGCCGUCCAUCACCGCCGGCACCCAGAUCAAGGAGCACAUGGAGAUGGCGCUGGACCCGGACCCGCGGUGGCGCGUGCGCUACACGAAGCGCAAGGUGAUGCAGAUGAUGCGCGGCGGCGACCGCAUCACGCGCGAGCAGCGCAUCCGCAUGACGGAGAAGGAGCACCGCAGCAAGAGCACGCUGAUCGGCACCAGCCCCAAGAAGCUCGUGAUGCUGGCGCGCCAGAUCGCCGGCAAGACGCUCGACGACGCCAUCACGCAGAUGCGCUUCAGCAAGAAGCGCCCCGCCCGCGACGUGCGCUGGCAGCUGUCCGAGGCCCACGACCGCGCCGUCGCCGCGCACGGCAUGGGGCUCGGCGCCGGCGCCCUCCAGCUCGACCGCCCCCGCGAGAUCCAGACCAAGGACGGCCGCCGCAUCACCGUCACCGACCCGACCCGCCUCUACGUCGACCAGGCCUGGGUCAACAAGGGCCCCUGGCGCGGCGUGCGCAUGGUCUACCACGGCCGCGGCUACCGGUCCGCCCACCGCCGGCCCACGGCUAGCAUCUCGAUCGUCCUCAAGGAAGAGAAGACCCGGAUCCGGCAGCACGACGAGCGCGUCGCGAAGGAGGCCCGCAAGGCCCCCUGGACGCACCUCCCGAACCGCCCGGUCACGGCCCAGCGGCCAUACUACAGCUGGUAGCGCACGAGGGGGGGCGGCACGGGAUGAGGCCGGAGGAGAGAGAGAUAGAGAAAAGGAAGAAGAAAAAAAAGGGGGAAGGCGAGAAAGGAUGCGAUGCGCAGCACAUCCGUAGACAGGGCGCGCCGCGACCCAACCUCGCCCGGCUGGCCCUCUCGGGGCGGAAGCGAACUGGGCCGGCGCGGCGGAGGAGGAGAGCGUAUCCGCGUAUACGCGCGCGCCGCUCGGUAGCAUUGUACCAUAUAUCCAUACAUGCAUGCACACAUAACACACCCUCAAGCACAAUGCGAGAGGCGGGGAGAGAGAGAGGCAUUGCACUCGAGGAAUCAAUUCAAACUCGCUCCGGCCCGUGUGAAUCCCGCAUUGGGCGCGAAACACUGCCUAUCCUCUGCUUAGACCUCGACUUGGUGCUCCUCCCCUUCUUUUUUCUUACUCUUCAUAUCUAGGUACUUAGUUCCCUCCCUCCCUCAACCUCGACGGCGGCACUUGGCUCCGAAAUGC